AGCUCGUAUCCCCCUGAGCUAGCCAAAACAAACCCUUGAGCUUCGUACGCCCUGACCCCGAGGACCUGCCUGCCAAUCCUUAAAUGAAGCCUCGGCCCCACAGGGAUCCUCGUGAUGGCAGAUGAAGUUCAGCAGACAGAGAUACAAGGGCCAAACGACGAGGAAAACAAACGGUACUGUUGGGUUUGUUACGCCAGUGAUGAAGAUGAUGAGACAGCACCCUGGGUCAAGCCAUGCAAGUGUCGGGGAACCACAAAAUGGGUGCACCAGUCCUGUCUGCAGCGGUGGGUGGAUGAGAAGCAGAAGGGUAAUUCUACGGUCAAGGUCAACUGUCCCCAAUGUGGGGUGGAAUAUUUCAUUGCCUUCCCUAACAUGGGCCAGCUAAUGCUGUUCCUGGACAGAGUUGACGCAUUCAUAUAUAAGGUUUGUCCAUUUGUGGCAGCGGGUGUGGUGGUUGGCUCCAUCUACUGGACUGCUGUGACUUAUGGGGCUGUCACUGUUAUGCAGGUUGUGGGUUACCAGGAGGGCAUGACACUCAUGGAACAAGCAGAUCCCUUGGUGCUGUUGGUGGGUUUGCCCACCAUCCCCAUCUUCCUCAUUCUGGGCAAAAUGGUGCGCUGGGAGGAUAAAGUCUUAAAGCUCAUCAGAGCAUCAGUUCAGAGACUUCCAAUUCUCAAGUACCUUUUACCAGCAUUCAGAUAUGAAGAGCCUGCUGGAGUGAGCACCACAGCAGUGAUCAGCGACCCAGUCAAUGCCACAAGAGUGUUGUGUGGGGCUCUUUCCCUCCCCACUCUAGCCACCACAGUGGGACGCCUCUUUUUCCCUGCAGCCCAAGACAACUUGACAAGAACGCUUCUAGGUGGAGUCUCCUUCCUGUUGGUGAAGGGACUAUUCAAAGUGUACUACAAGCAGCAGCAACAUGUGAUGCAGAGUAGACGCAAAAUAAUAGACUACCCCCAAGACCCUUCUACUACCCCUCCCCCUCCCCCUCCCCCUCCCAGCCUCCCGCCACCCACCAGGAGACAGAACAGCAGUACUUACAUCAGCAACAAUAGUGAGACAGAACAUUCAAAUUGAAGGGAAUUUUAUACAGAAAUAAAGCUACCUAUAUAACUUAGAAGAAUGGUGAUUGCAAAACUUCUCUGUUGAGGGUUGAUGUCACUCAUUCAUUUUUUCACCUGUCAUUUACAUAGCACUACUGAAUUCUCUAUCUUAAUGAUGAAACUUAUUUAGGAAACAUAGCUGUCUUCCCACUGACUGACUUCAAGCUGUUUCUAUCCAAACAUAAUAUUCUCUCCCACAUUAUUUUACCAAUGACUACAAAUAUCUUCCUUUGUCCUAUACUUGUUCCUAAUUGUCAAUAUUACUACAUAUAGUAAAGCUUUUUUUAUUUAUUGUUUUUUAGGGUGAAACUAGCAUUUUAUAUAAAAAGCUGGAUUACCUAGACCUUAACAUCAUGAAAUGCUAUAUUGCUUGCAUUUUACAUUUAUACAUGCUCAUGACAACAUGGUACUGUGACCACAAGACUUUCCCAGUUCAUCCAUCAUACUGCAGGUUUCCAAAUGACACAACAUUCCUGUUCACAAACCACAGCUCAACACUAAACUUUAAUACAUCAGCCACAACUGCUGUUUCUAUGCUCACAACCCAGUCUUGAAGAGAAAGGGUAAAAUUAUGUUUGAAUUACAUGAAUAAACAGGCAUCCUUUUAUCUGCUUAGUUAUUGAUGGCAAAGCUUGUUUAUUUCUCCUUUCUUUUCAUGACAAAUGUUUUUUUGGCAAAUAAUUCCAAGAUCAUUUUUAGCAUAUAGAAAUGCAACUCUCAGUACAAAAAUAAAAUUCUGAUCAGCAUUCAUGUGAAAGAUGUACAUAAACCUGCUUGUCUUUGUGAUAGGAAUUACCCAAAUUUUGUUAAUCCUAUUGUAUCUUAAAUUUAUGAUGAAAUCUGUAUAAAAAGUCAUUGUGAGAGAAUUAAUAUUCAGCUUGUUAUACCUCACACUCACAGCAUCCACCUCCUUUGUGAUUACUUUUCAACAUAUAUAGAUUAUAGAUGUUUUUUUUUAUUUCGUACUCAGCAGAAAUUACUUCAAAGGUGUAAAUCUAUACAUGGGGAAAACUUGUUUUCUUGAGUCAAAAGGAAGAGUUUUCUUUCAUGACAGUAUGUCUUCAUGGGGACUUGUGAUUGCUGUAUUGGUUUCCUUAUCAAACAAGACUCCAAUGGUAAGGUUGUGCAGUGAGGUAUAUGAAUCCAGUUAUAUAUAUAUAUAUAUAUAUAUAUAUAUAUAUAUAUAUAUAUAUAUAUUGCAGAUAAUAGUUCAUUGUCUAUGGUUUAGGAUGAACAGUUAGUCAAAUAUUCAAGUGAAGAUAUAAGCUGCAAAAGAUAAUACUGUAAGAUAAGAUAUUUGUCCUUGUGUUAUGAAAGGCACAUCAAAGCAUGAAAAGUUCACCUUUCUCCAAAGCCAGGAGUGUCAAAGCAACAUCUGGGUCUAGCAGCACAUGCAUUACAAGACAGAAGGGCAUUUUUAUGUAGAUACAUGUUUGUAAGUUGGAGACCUUCAGUAGUGAUAAUGGGGAAAAGGUGUAAUGUGGUCUAUUCAACUAAAAGUAUGUUUUAAGUUGUGUAAUUAUAUAUAUAUUAUUUUGUUUCCUUAUACAAGUAUUUAAUAUUUAAGCAAAAAGCAAAAACAGUUUUUCACAACGUAGUUCGGUCCUGGUUCUCUUGCAGGACUGGCAUCCAAUAUUUGUCAUGAAGCUGACAGUAAUUUUAAUGAUUUGGAAAAGGAGCUCUAUCAAAUUAAAAUUAAAAUUAAUGGAUGGCAACAAAACAAGGCAUACACAGCAAAAGAUAUAUUAUGGUCUAAUAUAUUUACUGUAUUUUACUACCACAGUGAAUAUUUAUUAACUUGUUAAGAACUUUCAUGUUGUGUUACUGGUUUUGUUCAUGCAUUUUGAUGUGAAAAAAAGCUGCACCUGUGGAAAAUAUCUUGAAUUAUAGUAAAAUAUUGCAGGGAUUGGAAGUUGCCAGGAAAGAAACAUUUCACUUUCAAGAUGAUGAGAUUAUUUUUCUUUGCAAAUCAAAUAGAAAUUUAUAUAUUAAGCUUCACCUGACAUAUAUCAAGUUUCUCUCUUCUGAGUGAGUGUGUUAUGUGGUGUGUACCACACCUGUACUGGUUAUUACAUGUACCAUUAUUCCUAUAAGUUUAUUUAAUAUUCACUUAAUUCUUGUUGAUCAUGUAAGUAGGUAAUCCUUUGUAUAUAAAAACUAAUAUAUUGAUACAAGGGAAUUAACUUUUUAUGCAUAUACCUGUGUGACUUGCCAAUACAAUAGUGAUGUACUGUUAAGUUUAUAAAUAAUAAAAAAAAUCAUUAUUUCAUUUUAUUUUA